AUGGUUCGCUUGUCAGUUGCUUCAGCUCUUACUUUCGCCCUUUCUGUCUACGCCCUUGGUGACCCUGCUGGUGCCAAGAACGUUGGAAAUGGCGCGGGUGGUCAGUUCAUUGGCGGCCAGUGCUUGUCCAGCAAGGACUGCGCUUCGACUUGCUGCGCUUUCAUAAGCGGUGGUGGUGUUUGCUCUGGUCUCGGUGCUCAGUUCCAGGCUGGGAAAUCAGGUUGUGGUUUUGGUGACGGUGGUGCUCCUCCUCAGCCCAGUGCUGCUGCCGGCAGCUCCAACUCCGGCUCCAGCUCCGGCUCUACAUCCAACACUGGCACUUCUGCCAACGUUCCCGCUGGCUUCAACACUGCUGUUGGCGAUCCUUCCGGUGCCAAGAAUCUCGGUAACGGCCAGGGCCAGCAGUUCAUUACCGGUGCCUGCCUGAGCGAUGCUGACUGUGCUUCCGGCUGCUGUGCCGGCCAGAACGGUGGCGCUACAUGCUCUGGUGUUGGCGCCCAGUUCCAGAACGGCAAGACUGGCUGUGGCUUCAAUGCCAACGGCGGCUCUUCUUCUUCUGCCCCUGCUCCUGCGCCCAGCUCCAGCAGCGGCUCCAGCUCCGGCUCUACUAACAGCGCUGUUGCUGCUCCCGCUGGCUUCAACACUGCUGUUGGCGACCCAGCUGGUGCCAAGAACCUCGGCAACGGCAAGGGUCAGCAGUUCAUUACUGGUGCCUGCCUCAGCGAUGCCGACUGUGCUUCUGGCUGCUGUGCUGGCCAGAACGGCGGUGCCACUUGCUCCGGUGUUGGUGCCCAGUUCCAGAACGGCAAGACUGGCUGCGGCUUCUCUGCUGCUACCAAGCGAAGCUUCGAGUUCUCUCGCAUUGCCCGACGAUUCAAGGCUUAA